AUGAAAUUCAUUACACUUUUCUCGGUAGCUCUUGCAUUUUAUUAUGUUGUUGGUACAUCGGCUCAAAAAAGUAUUCAAGAACUGAAUGCCGAUGACGCUGAAGCAUUACAAAAGAAAUUCCAAGCUUUUACCAAAAAUACAAAAUGCGUUGCUAAUGAUGAAGCUUGUAUUGGCAAAGAUUUUGCCCAAUGCGUAACUACAGUAGAAAAUGGUAAAAAUGUCGAUAAAUUCGUCACCACUUCUUGUGGUAGUUUGGAAUGCGUUGUAUUACCCUUGGUUUUGAAACGUGGCACAUCCAUUACUUGUGCUACCAAACAGGAACAAAAAAGAAGAUUGGACGAAGCUCGUGGUAAAAAACCUGCCAAAAGAUCACCUAAAAAAUCAACGCCUAACGACAUAACCAAAAUUCGUAAAUUGAAUGCUGAUGACGCUGAUGCAUUAGAAAAAAAAUUCAAAACCUUCAAACCUGAUCAAAAAUGUUCACCAAAUGAAACCGCUUGUAUUAAUGGUCAAUUUGCUAAAUGUACUGACACGGUUGUAGACGGUUCUGUAAAACCAAGAUUCUCCUUACAAUCUUGUGCAGCUGGCUUGAAAUGUUUUGUAUUACCUCUUGUUAAUUCUCGCGGCACUUCUAUCACUUGUGAAGAUCGUGCAAACCGUUUCAAACAAGCACGUGGUCAGAAAUAA